CACCUCCUCCGACCCAGAGCACACACAUGGAUCAGAGGACUCAGGGGGGACCUACCACGCCACCCCCCCUCUCCGCCACAGCUCCCGCAGGCGAGCGCGAGAAGGAGGGCGUGGGUGGGAAAAAAGAGGAAGAGGACGAGAAGAGGAAGAAGGAACGCGAGGGGCCACAGUCACAGUCACAGUCGGAGUCUGGCGCAGGCACCGAGGGGACGCCAGGUGACCCUUCCCAGCAACCGCAGCAGCAGCUGCCGCCGCAACAGUCCCCUCAGUUCUCCGUUAAAGAGGCCACGUACGCGGAGGGCAACGUCAAGAUGAAGAUCGGCCUGCAGGCCAAACGCAUGAAGAAGCCCCCCAAGAUCAUGGAGGACUACGUGUGCCGACCGGCCUUCCGGGCCACCGUACGACACACCGGGAGAGGAGGGGGAAGGGGAAGUCGGGGAGCAGGAGGGGCGAACGACACCACCACCACCACCACCACCACCGCCGCCAAUGCCUCUGCCACCACCACCGCCACCACCACCACCACAGCCAACGCCACCACGCCUGGCGGGCCCACACAGAGCCCGUCGCUCGGGAAAGAGUCGGAGAAGAGUCAGAGCGCCGGCACGCGGCCUGCCCCGCCUCCAGCCCAGACUCCUCCCCAUCAAGCCCCGCCCACAUCCACAAGCCCCAUCACUCCAGUCAAUGGAAGCCCACCGGCUAAGAGGGCUCCCCCAAAACUGGUCAGUAAGUCCGAGAGCAAACCUGAGGGGAAGGCGACGGCCUCAGCGGAGAGACCCCUAAAUCUCCACCGCCCGCUGCCAGACUCAAAGUUGCACUCCUCCACCAAGAAAGCUCCCCUGGCGCAGCCGAACGCCGCCCUGGCCAACUCCAGCCCGUCUCCCCCGGCACCCCCGGCGCCCUCUAACCACGAGCCCAAGAUGGACGGCGUCAUGAUGAAGCCGCCCCAGUUUGCGUUCGGCGAGGCUCAGCGGGAGCAGGACCGCGGGGUCCCCGGCUGGGGAGGCUCGUCCACCGUCACCGAGAAGCUGGCGCAGCUCAUCGCCACCUGCCCCCCCACCAAGUGCCCCAAGCAGCCUAAAGUGCGCCGGCCCUCCCCGUCGCCCUCGCACAGCAACUCGGUCCCCCUCAUCUCCAACCUGCAGCGGCCCGAGAGGGCCAUGGCCAACAGGGCCACCUACUCCCGCAUCCAGCACCUGUCCCCUCCACCGCCUGUCUCACGGCCCCCCGGCCGGCCUUACGGUUCACGCAACAAAGACAGUGUCAUGGACAAGCUGACCACCAGCUCCCGGAAAGAGGAAUCCGAUGGUGGGGUCAAAGGGAACGCCAGCAGCGGUAGCAGCAUCAGCUGCACCGCCACAGCAACCACCACCACCGCCGCCACCAGCUCUGCCCUUCACUAUGGCAACAGUCGCACUAACCACAGCAAAUGAUAAAGUAAACAACACAACAGCAGCAAUAACAACAACAGCAACAACAACAUCAUCAAGACUCAGUCACGGCUCACGCACGGUUCGCCUCACUCCUCUUCCUCACCCACCCUGUCCUCCUCUUCCUCCUCUUCCUCGUCUUCGUCAUUAGACCAGAGAACAGGAAGCGGCUCCACACACAUAGGGGCCUCGUCCAUGCUGGGCCCUCGACCGAGGCCCAGUCCCUCCCGGACGGAGGAGAGCGGCGAGAAGGACAGAGAGCGAGGAGAGCGCGACGGCAAGGACGGCCCCAGAGACUUGAGCAAAGGCUCGUCCCCCUCUGGGCUGGGGAAGUCGGAGGCGAAGGAGAGGGAGAGGGGUUUUGUCCUGGCCGCCAGAGGUGAGCGCGGAAAGAGCUCCAGCCCGGCUAAGAACAGCCCGCUCCGGGACAGCCGACCCAGCCGGACGGCGAGCCCGGCCGAGCCUGGGACGCGCCGGAACACCUCCCCGUCCGAGCCCUCGGGCGGCAGUCCGCCGCCACCUCUCAGCGACUCGGCGCCAGGGUCCCCAGGGUCGCCGGCCGAGCAGGACAACAAGCCGCUGAAGAAGCGCCGGGGUCGCCGGCCGCGGUGGACGCGCGUGGUCAACCGCUCCCAGAAGGCCGCACAGGACGCUGCUUUGAGCCAGGCCAAGCCUGGCAUGCCUAUGUCGGCCCUGGGACCCAACCCACCUCCCGUCCGGAGACCCGUGGGGCGACCCCCGAACCCCAACAAGGUGCAGGUGCCCCCUGCCGUCCCACAGCUCUUCGACGCCCCGCCGAAGAAGAGGGGACGCCCCAAGUCCAAGAUGCCCCGCCUGGACGCCCCGGCCCGUGGGAGACCCCCUCUCAAGUUGGCCACCUCCAAGGUGUUCUCCAGCUUUAAGUCCAAAGAAGAACAGGACCCCCCGGUACUGCACCCUGAGGUGGACCUCAACCCCCCCAAGCCCAUGCCGCGAAAGCGGGGGCGCCCCAAGCGCCUUCCCCCUACGCUGCCCCAGGAAGGCCAACCCCCUACAUUAGCUCCAGAGCAAGGCGACUCCGGCGACAAGACCUUCCGCAGCAAGGGCAACGGCCAGCUCAUCAUGAAGACCAUCAUCGGCAAAAUCAACAAGAUGAAGACGGUGAAGCGCAAGCGGCUGCUGAGCCAGAUCCUGCUGGGGUCAGGGGUCGGGCCGGAGGGUGAGAGCAGAGUGGCCGGAACCAGCACGACCAACACGGUGGCGGCCGCCACGCAGUCCCUGUCGUCCCUGGCCGCAACGUUCGGAGGGAAGCUGGGGCCCCAGAUCAACGUCAGCAAGAAGGGCACCAUCUACAUGGGCAAGAGGAGGGGACGCAAGCCCAAAGCGGCGGCUAACCCCCCUGCGGGGGCCCCGACGCCCCCUCCAGAGCCCUUCCUGUCCCCCAACACGUCCUCCCCGCACCACCCGCACCCCUCCCAGUCUCUGCAGAGCCAGCAGCACCACCAGCUUCCCCCGACCGAUGUCUUCCCCUCGCCGUCUCUCUCACAGUCCAGCGGUGGGCAGAGCCCCAUCAGCGAUGCCAGCUUCGUGGAGCCCGGCUCGGUGCACUGCACCCACUGCAGCCACGGGCACCACGGCCACCACGGCUUCCCCUUCGCACCGCCGACCUUCUCCGCGCCCUCGCCGCGCUCCCUGGGGCCCAUGGGCUCUGGCUCGGGUUUGGCCUCGGCGGCGUCUCAGAAGAAGUCCUCCUGCCGCGGCUACCACCACCACCACCACCACUACCGGACGCACUACCACUACAGGAAGGUGUCGCCACCCCGGCCACUGCUGCCCACCUCGCCCGCUCCGCUGAGCGAGCUGAAGGAGGCCACCCCGUCGCCGGUCAGCGAGUCGCACAGCGAGGAGACGGUGCCCAGCGACAGCGGCAUUGGCACUGACAACAACAGCACGUCCGACCGCGGCGAGAAGGCAGGAGGUGCCGGACUCGGUGGCGUCGGGAUGCCCCAGGGUGUCGCCAGCGGCCUUCUCAUGCCAGGGGUCAUGGGGUCGGCCGUGGGCGUCGGGGCGGGUCUCAGCCCGCGUGGCAGAAAGAGACAUGCCUCCUCGGUCCUGAUUGACCGACCCUCGCCUUCUCCCUCACCCCUGGGGGCCCGGUCGUCCCCCGACCCGCGGCGGGCUCACCCGGCCGCCGGCCCGGCCUCGGCACUGGUCGGGCACAAGGAGAAGCACAAGCACAAGUGCAAACGGCGGGGGCACGCGUGCCCGGCCUACGACAAGCUCAAGCGCCAGAAGCGCAAGCGCAAGAAGAAGUACCUGCAGUUGCGCUCACGCCGCCAGGACCCCGACUUCCUGGCCGAGCUGGACGAGAUCUGCGUGCGCCUGAGCGACAUCCGCAUCUCCCACCGCACGCCCGCCAUGCGUCUGGGCAGCAGCCUGGCGCUGGGCGCCGCAGGCGCGGGGGGAACCGGCAGGGGCGCCACCCUCGGUAGCGGGCGCAGUAGCGGCGGCAGUGCCAACCCACCGCCCCACCACUACCUGCACCGAGACCUGUUGCCCACCAUCUUCCGCAUCAACUUCAGCGGCUACUACUCGCCCCACCCCGCCUACCCCUGCGACUCCCUGCACUAUGUCCGCAAGCCCGACCUCAAGAAGAAACGCGGUCGCCCCCCUAAGCUGCGUGAGUCCAUGUCCGAGGUGCCCUUCGUGCCCGGUCUCGGCUUCCCCCUCUCCAGCGGUGGCUUCUACCACCCCUCCUACAGCGUUCCCUACUCCUCUGCCCCUCUGGGGCUGGGCUACUAUCAUGUUACCCCCAGCGAAGCCCUCUACCCCCCGCAUUCACCACCUCCCCCUCCCCACUCGUCAGCAAGACCACCGCACCACUCCCCCUCCUUCCCUCCGCCACCCCCGCCCUCCUACAUGCACCACCACCCCUCGCACCUGCUGCUCAACCCCUCCAAGUUCCACAAGAAGAAACACAAGCUGCUGCGGCAGGAGUACCUGGGCGGGGGCCGCUCGCCGGUCCUCUACCCGCCCAUGGCGCCCGAGCUCUCCUUCGGCUGGCACCACAAACACAAGCACCGGCACAAGCACCGCGAGCGCUGCGGCGGCCCCGACGAGCAGCUGGAGCGCGGCGGCAGCGCGGAGAGGGCCGAGCGGGCAGAACGAGGAGAGAGGGGAGACGGCGUCGGGCUGGGCAGAGGAGGAGGAGGAGGAGGAGGAGGAGCAGGGGGCAUGGAGGCCCUGCAGCACUGUCGGUUUGGGAGAGACGGGUCGGCGGAGAGUGCCGGCAAGCCCACAUCGUCAUCAGCGGCGGCUUCAGCCAACUCUCCUUCGUCAUCUUCCUCAUCCUCGGCCGAGCGCUACAAGAGGAAGGAGGCGUCGGCGUCGUGCCUGGGCCCCUCACGCCUGGCGCUGGGCAGUCGCGGCCACACAUCAGCCGACUCCUGGUUCCGAGUGGGCACCGCGGAGGCCGACUACGGCAAACUGUCGCACCACUCCGCCGGUCAGCCCGGCGCCUUCUCCGACGGACACGCUGCCCAGCCUAUCGGCUGCUCGGACAGCGAGGAGGACGAGGGCCUCUCCCCGGCGGAGGACGACGCUGAGCCGCCGAGCGCUCAGCACACCAACUUGUUCGCCUCGGCACUCACCAGGAGCUCGAUCGUCGCGUCCGGUCGGCGGGAGGCCCGGGCCUCGAUGGGCGGUGGCGGGCGGCCUUGGCGCCGAUUGGACAGAUCCCUCCGGAAGGACCGGUCCACCUCGGCGGAGAGGAGAGAGACAGGAGGGAUGCAGACUCGUGGUGCAAACCCCUCCGACUGCAUGGACGCCGGCCUGUUAUCUCGCCACCACCACCUCCACCAUCACCACCACCACCCGCACCACCCGCACCACCACCAGCACCACCAGCAGCAGCAGCAGCAGCAGCUCUCUCUCCACCCCUCCCUCUCUCACCCCCACUCAACCUCCAUCUCCGGUUUCCCAUCCCGGGUUGCCAACCAGCUCCAGGGUUGUUGGCGACUCCCCUCCGUCUCGCGCCGCGGCUCGUUUCUGCUCCCUGUCGAAGGGCAGCCUUGGCGCCCAGGUUCCUCCCCUCCUCCAAUCGGCCACCACCAUCCGCCUAAAACAACCUGCACCAUCGCCAAUAAGAUCCUCCAUAAGGCUGCAGCGGCAGUGCAUGCCGGCAACAACAUGUCGGUGGUGCAGCAGGGCCAGCAGCGGCGCCGCGGCCGCAAGCGCAAGCACUGGGAGGAAGAGGAGCGAGAUGAGGAAGAGGAGAUGAUACGGGCGGCCGAGGAGGAAGAGGAUCCAGUGGAGGAAAGAGGGAGAAACGAGGGAGGAGGGAGGGGAGGCUGGAGGGGGGAGGAAGAGGAGGAGCAAACGGCAGGAAGGGAGGAAGAGGCGGGGGCUAGCAGAGCGCGAGCAGGACCAGGAGGAGCAGGGGGAGGGCGAGGAUGGCUCACCCAGGAGGAGAUGCACUGUUUUCGCAGCGCGCUGGAGAGGAAACCUGAAGGUCAGGCCUCCGUCGCGGAAGGCCCUAGCCCCGCCCCUGCUCCCGCCCCCGUAGAACAGGCCCCGCCCACCGCCGUGCCCACCCAACGGGAGAAGAGAGCCUCCAGACCGCCCAAGAAGAAGUUCCAGAAGGCGGGGCUUUAUUCGGAUGUGUACAAAACUGAAGAUCCACGCAGUCAGCUGCUGCAGCUGAAGAAAGAAAAACUGGAGUAUAUUCCAGGAGAACAUGAGUAUGGCCUUUUCCCUGCGCCUAUCCACGUCGGAAGAGUAAUCACUGAUUGUCACUCUAAGUGCAUUGACUUCCAGUUGCCUUAUGACAUCCUGUGGCUGUGGAAACACGAUCAGCUCUAUAAGAGACCUGAUGUCCCACUCUACAAGAAGAUCCGAUCCAAUGUGUAUGUGGACGUGAAGCCUCUGUCGGGGUACGAGGCCACCACCUGUAACUGCCGUGCCCCGGAGGACCACGCCGAGAAGGGCUGUCAGGACGACUGCCUGAACAGGAUGAUCUUGAGUUUCUGCGGGGACCAGUGUGAUAACCAGCACAUCCAGCGGCACGAGUGGGUGCAGUGCCUGGAGCGCUUCCGCGCCGAGGGCAAGGGCUGGGGCAUCCCGCAAAAAUUAAGAGUUCGCCAAGGCCACCCCAGUUCAUCAUCGAAAUACCUGGGCGAGGGUGUUUCUCAGUGUGAGUGAAGGAACCGUAUGAUGGAGCAGUACUUUUCCCACAGUGGUCACUACUGCCUUAAUCUGGACAGUGGCAUGGUGAUUGACAGCUACCGCAUGGGCAACGAGGCCCGCUUCAUCAACCACAGCUGCGAGCCUAACUGUGAGAUGCAGAAAUGGUCGGUGAAUGGCGUGUACCGGAUUGGACUGUUUGCACUUAAAGAUAUGCCCAGUGGCACGGAACUCACUUACGACUACAACUUUCACUCCUUUAACACUGAGGAACAGCAAGCGUGUAAGUGCGGCUCGGAGGAGUGCCGCGGCAUCAUCGGCGGGAAGAGCCAGCGAAUCAACGGCCUCCCUCCCAAGGCCAGCAGCUCAGGGGCCGGAGCUCGGAGGCUGGGGAGGUUCAAGGAGAAGCGCAAGUCAAAACACCAACUCAAGAAACGGGAGGAAGAGUCGAGUGACAGCAGCAAGUUUUAUCCUCACUUACUCAUGAAGCCUAUGUCCAACAGAGAGAGGAACUUUGUACUGAAGCACCGCGUGUUCCUCCUGCGGAACUGGGAGCGCAUGCGUGAGAAGCAGGAGAUGCUGAAGAGGGAGGGAGAGCGUGAGCGCGAGAGGGACAACAGUAGCCUCUCCGCAUACACGCGCUGGGGCGGCGUCAUCCGCGACGACGGCAACAUCAAGUCAGAUGUUUUCCUGACGCAGUUCUCCGCGCUGCAAACCUCCCGCUCGGUGCGGACGCGACGGCUGGCGGCAGCCGAGGAGAACACCGAGGUCACCCGCACUGCCCGGCUGGCCCACAUCUUCAAGGAGAUCUGUGACAUGAUCACCAGCUACAAGGACUCUGCAGGUCAAACACUAGCUGCUCCUCUGCUAAACCUACCCUCAAGGAAAAGGAACACACAGUACUAUGAGAAGGUGUCUGACCCGCUGGACUUGAGUACCAUAGAGAAGCAGAUUCUAACGGGUCAUUAUAAAACCGUGGAGGCCUUCGACUCGGACAUGCUCAAGGUGUUCCGCAAUGCAGAGAAGUAUUACGGGCGCAAGUCGGCGGUGGGCCGCGACGUCUGUCGGCUCAGGAAGGCGUACUACGGCGCUCGGCACGAGGCGGCCGUCCAGAUCGACGAGAUCGUCGGCGAGACGGCCAGCGAGGCCGACAGCUCCGACUCGCUGGAGCGGGACCACGCCCAUCACCACCAUCACCACGGCAGCGCCGGCAGCCAUGACAAGGACGACGACAUCAUCCGCUGCAUCUGCGGGAUGUACAAGGACGAGGGCCUGAUGAUCCAGUGCGAGAAGUGCAUGGUGUGGCAGCACUGUGACUGUAUGCGUCUGGAGGCCGAGGUGGAACACUACCUGUGUGAGCAGUGUGACCCCCGCCCUGUGGACCGGGAGGUACCCAUGGUGCCUCAGCCCAGCUACGCCCAGGCUGGCUCCAUCUAUUACAUCUGCCUACUCAGAGAUGACCUGCUGCUACACCAAGGGGACUGCGUGUACUUGAUGAGGGACAGCAAGCGGACGCCAGAAGGUCAGCCUGUACGACAGUCCUACCGGCUCCUAUCUCACAUCAACAGAGAGAAGCUGGACAUCUUCCGCAUCGAGAAGCUCUGGAAGAACGAAAAAGGGGAACGGUUUGCCUUCGGACAUCACUACUUCCGACCGCACGAGACGCACCACUCUCCGUCGCGGAGGUUCUACCAGAACGAGCUCUUCAGGGUGCCACUGUACGAGAUCAUCCCUCUGGAGGCAGUGGUGGGCCCCUGCUGCGUGCUGGACCUCUACACCUACUGCAAAGGGAGACCCAAGGGCGUGAAGGAGCAGGAUGUAUACAUCUGUGACUACCGGCUGGACAAGUCCGCACACCUCUUCUACAAGAUCCACCGCAACCGCUACCCCGUGUGCACCAAACCGUACGCCUUCAACCACUUCCCCAAGCGGCUGGCACCCAAGAGGGACUUCUCUCCCCACUAUGUCCCAGACAACUACAAGCGCAACGGCGGCCGCUCAGCCUGGAAGAGCGAGCGGCCGAAAGGACCGACACCCUGCGAGGACGAGGACCGGGGCUCCGCUCCGUUCCCCCGCGACACCGAGGAGGUGGGAACCCGAGGAGGAGGAGCCGGUGGAGGAGGAGUAGGAGGAGGUGCAGCGCCGGGGCUGGAGCAGGAGCCAGACGCCCCCCAGGACGAGACCAGCGGCGCCCUGGGGCGACUACAGCCCGGCACCCAGCCGCAUCCGCCUGGAGAGGCCGACGAGGAGGAGGAGGAGCCCGAGGAGGAGGCGGAGGAGUUGGAGGAGCAGAGGGAGAUGGGCGAGGGCUCAGCGGAGAGAGAGGAGGAGGAGGAGAAGGAGGAGGUGGGGGAGACGUCGGAGGCCGUUCCCUCGUCCUCGUCGUCGCCCCUGCACCACUCGGCGCCUCUGAGCCGGCGGGAGGCCCAGCGAGACCGACUCAACAAGAUCCUACUGGAGCUGCUGCACAGAGCGCCCAGCAAACAGGUGAUUGACGUGACCUACCUGCUGGAGGAGGGCUCUGGGAGGAAGCUGCGCAGACGUACGCUGGGAUUGGGUGACCUAGUGGGCAGGAAGUGACGUCAUCUUCAACAACCCUGCUGCCUGGCAAGCACGUUUCCCUCUCUGUAGCCGGGUGAAGGAGCAAAGGGAUGAGGAGAAGACAGGAGCAAGGUUGGGCAGAGAGAUAGACGGAAGCAGAGGAGGAGGUGUCUCUCUCUCUCUCUCUCUCUCUCUCCAUCUGCAGGACACCGCAGCCUAAAUCCCUACUAGAGGAUUCAUAGGAAAGUGACCGUUUCUCAGGGUGACGUGUGGACGUUUCCAUGGCGCCCAGGGCCCUGACAUAAUUCAAACCCAUGACGAUGCAAUGAGAGUGUCAAAAACAAAAACAUAGGAACCUGUAAAAAUUUUUAAUUUUUUUUUUUUUUUUUUUUUGUGGCGCUUUACAGAGAA